AUGGACAUCCGCCGCUCUCCCAAGCCUAUUUUUACACCCAAUGAUUUUAUAGCUGGUUACUCGAUUGUCUACAAGCUGUGCACGGCCAAAAACUCUCAGAACGAGGAGCCACUUUAUCGGCGAGUAUCGCAGCUCUUCGUCGACUUUAUCAAUCGCAAGGUGGGUGUAAUCGUUAUGGAGAAGGAUGUGUCGCAGAUUCCCGUUUCUACCGAUGCGCCUGUUCCCGUGGAGCAGAUCGUCGACACAUGGGCGCGUUUCCGCGUAUACGCGUCUAUGAUAAGCGGAUUGUUUUCUUACUUGGACCGGUUCUAUGUGAAAUACUCCUCAAGCAGCACAGUGAAGCUUACCGCACUUGAGGCGUUCCAGCGCAUCGUAUUUGAGAAACGCAAGGAAGAGCUGAAAUGCCGACUUCUGGAAUUGCUUGAUACGCGUCGUUCUGAGACCGAUGUGGACGAGUUUUCCGUGGAAGCGCUCGCUCAGAUGUUCCACGAGCUGGACGGCAGCGGGGGGCUGCAGUACAAGAACGAACUUGAGUCGGAGAUAAUCGCACGCGCAGCGCGGUAUUAUUCAAGCAUGGGGCCGUUAUGGCUACAAGAUUGCAGCCUGUUGGACUAUUUAAGUAUAGUUGAUCACUGCCUUGAGCAGGAACGUGCCGACUGCGUCCGUUGGCUAAGCGAAUCUACCCUCCGGCCAUUAACUGACACGGUGCACAAGGCUUUGAUAGAAGAUCGGCAGUUGGAAAUAAUCCAGAAAGUGGGCGAGAUAGAGCCCCUAAUCGACCAGGGCAGCGAGGCGGUAGGCCGACACAACCAUUUUAUGAGUGUGCCUCAGGACCUCCAGUUUAUGUACAAAAUGAUCAGCCCGAUCGAAGGCGGCAUUACUGCAGUAGCAGAGUCUUUGAAUAGAUCAAUCCGGCGUUCUUUAUCGUCCGCUUUGUCGUUUGACGAGGUGCUGCCAGGAUGGCUUCGGUGUCAAAGUACUGUGUUCUGUCAAUUUUAUAAUGUGCAUGCAGAACUGCUAAAGAACUGCUUCGUUAAAAACGACACCUCUGCGGGGGAUGGAAGUGGAGAAGUUGCCCCAAACAGCGCACCAUCAGCAGACGCAUCCGUGGAUCCCACGAUAUCCAACGCGGUUCGCAGAGCUUUCGGUAGUGUCACAGCUGAAAUUGCGGAUUUCACAAAAGACUUCGUUGACUACUGGGACAAUGCUUUGGUGGCAGCUGAUGAUGGUUCGGUGGCACGGUUGCAAAACUGCUGCGGGCUCCUGGAGGCCCUAUACCACAAGGCCGAAUUUUACCAAUGCUACAAAUUCAAGUUAGCAGGGCGCCUUCUCUAUCGCCGGAGCUCGCUGAACAUGGAGCGGAGAUCCCUACGCAUGCUACAGGGCCUCUGGGCCUCGGAUGAUGUUGAACGCCUUCGCCGUAUGAUCCAUGAGACUUCCGAAGCACGAAAAUGCAGCACCCCUUUCAUGGUCAUAUCGAAACCUAAUUGGCCAUGCUUAAGAGACUACUCGGAGGACGUCAAACUGCACAAGACCUUUGAGGACGGCUUCGCUCAACUGAAAGAAAUGCAGCGCACGCACCUCCAUCGUGCUCUUUCCCACAACCGCAUGCUGGGUCGCGUGGAGUUAGACCUGGACUGCGAUGGCGGCACCAGGAGAUUAAUUUGCGAUCUUGUACAGGCGUCGGCUUUGUUACUCUUCGAGGGGUCAUCAAUGGCGCUCGACGACAUCGCAGCCAGUAUUGAAGUGAACCGCUCAUACGCCAUCCGCAUUUUACAGCCUCUUUUUGAUAAGGGCAUACUGUAUCUUCAGGCUGGCGACAAAGUUGAGCUUAAUUCCGACUUCGACGACGGCUCUGAUGUGACCCUGGACGCCGUACCCAGCUACCGCGACAUGCGCUCUACCGCUGCUUCGACAGGUUCCUCAGCUGGAACUGCGCUGGACCCCGAGGCAGCCAUCGAUGCUUCCAUCGUCUCCCUCCUGAAGGCUAUGAAGAGCAUGAAACGCGACGAGUUGCUUUUGCAGAUGCCGCGGUUCAAACGCGAGGAUGUAUUGGCAAGGCUUAGCAGCCUAUGUGAGAGAGACUACGUCACCAUUACCGACGACACCAUCGCCUAUGCGCCGUAG